GCCACGUCCCCGGAUUUCGGUUCUGGGGCGUGACAACGAUCAUUCCUCUUACUUCAGCUGCAAAGAGAUACUUCAUCUGUGGAAUAAUAGGGCAUUGUCUCUAAGGAAUGAAAGUGGAGAUUGAUACUCUGGCAAGUUCUACCACUCCACAGCCUGCAGUUGCUUCUCCUUUGGCUACCCCUGUUUCUGCUCCCACUCCAAAAGCCUCUACUCCGGCUCCAAGAGCUUCUUCUCUCUCACCAUCUGAGUCUCCAAUACCAGUAGAUGCGGUGAUCCCCCCAUUACCAUCUGAAUCUAAAUCCUCAUCCUCCAGCCCUCCAAUACCAGUAGUCUUUCACUGCCAAUGCUAACACCUCCCUUAUCAACUAAUAAGGAAAGUUUCCAAACAAGCCUCAUCUUGGGGUUUUGCCUUGUGGCUAUGAUGCUUUUAGACUUUUAUGGCAUUCUAGGAUCCUUGCUAAAAAAGAGAUUAUCUUUAUGAAUAAAAUUCUCCUUUCCUUUGUAUUUUGUAAUUCUUAUAUGUCUGGUCCAUUCAUGUUAUUCUUGACAAGAUUUCACAGUAAAAUUUGCAGCUAACA